GUGCAGCUCUCUGCGUCGCGAACCUGCAUCAGCCGCAGACGCCGUGCCCGAGAGUCUGGCCGUUGAGUUGGUGUGACGCUCGGUCCGACGACGCAUAUACGACAGUCCUGUUCCUGACGCGCACAUUGACUUUGCCCCUGACAUGGAACCAAGCACUAUGCGUCUUCUGUCCGCCGGCAGGCUCUGGGGCGAGCGCCGGACGGCACGGCAUUGAGAACCGGCCAGGACCGGCACUCGCUCACAUGACCGUAACCGCGGCCGUAAUCAGAUGGGGGCCCCCAAACAGUGGUCAAAACUCAAAUGGAAAAAAGCUCAUAUGCCGCCGUGGAGCCCGGUUGACCGCGCCGCCUCCUCGCAUCAAGACGCAAUGCCUCAACCCCGCGCGUGACAAGGCGUGUCGGCCCGAUAGAAACGUAUCCAAAUCCAAGGAACAAGGGGCGGCGCCCAUCGCGUCCCUCGACGGUAGCCAUCUCCACCGCUCUCCUGAUCAGCAACCCCACGGGGGGACAGCAAUCCGGGGCCAAGCUAGCCAUGAAGAGCGGCGCCAAAUGCCGGCGACACGUGCGGGCCCAUCCUUCGCUAUGCGCCUGGGGUCUAUGGGCCGAUAAUUCCUCACAGUCUUGGCCGUUCCGCGGCUUGACGAGUCCUUGGCAGCUCUUGCGCGGCGCGGCAUCCAUGACUUCAUGGACGCGCGAGACCAGCGGCCAAACCAACAGUCAGUCUGACGAUGCCGGGCCGACGAGACGUUGGCGGUGUUGCCGGAACCACCACCACCACCACCACCACCAGCACACUACACCAACCCGCGCGGGAAAGAGGGUGGUGUAGUGUAGUACAAUGGUAUGGUUCUUGAGCCAAGCCCAAGCAAGCCCCAAGAAGACCAGCGACGCCUGCCAGGUCCUUGCUGUGUGCUGGACCUGGACCGCCGACGCCCACCACCAUCCCUGGCCAUAGUCGACGGCCUCGCCGCGCAAAGACGUCCCAAACCGGUACCCGAGCUGCCUCGUGAUUGGACCCGUUGCCCCAACAGGCCCUCUCUGCGGAGGUCCGGUGGCUUGCCACUAGUGGCCGACGCUGGUCUCGAUCCUGUCUCUCCCAGCAGGGUGGUGCCGUCUGCAGCGGCCAAAACUCCUUGCUGCGACCCCCGACUUGCACAAGACACUGUCUCGACACGCUCCUUGUCCAACUCGUAUAAGAUGGCACGAUACCCCUUGCCUUUGCGUAUUCAUCUCCGGUGACCAGGCGCUCGGAUAUCGGCAGCGAAAGCAAAUACCCCAGUCAAACGCACGCGGGCUUGCGUCAACUCUGGUCUUGUCUUGUCCCAUCUCUUCAUCCCCACCCCCAACGUUGCGUUGCGUCCAUUCCAGGGCCAGCGGCUGCCGUCAACAUGUCUCCUGCAACCCCGACCGACGACCUCGCCGUCCGGCGAGUGUCCGUCAUCAGAACCGCCGUCGAUGAAUCGACUGUCCACGAGGCGGCGGCGGCCACCGAAGCCGAGCACAGCAUGGGGCUCCUCGAGUCUCUCAAGCUGUACAAGAAGGCCUGCCUGUGGUCCAUCUUCUUGUCAACAUGCAUCGUCAUGGAGGGCUUCGACAUUGUCAUCCUCAACAACCUCUAUGCUUACCCCCCUUUCCAGCGCAAGUUUGGCGUCGAGCAACCCGACGGCACGUACCAGCUCACAGCCGCCUGGCAGUCUGGACUGUCCAACGGUGCGUUGUGCGGCCAAGUCCUCGGUCUCUUCGCCAACGGCGUCAUCGCCGACCGCUUCGGCUACCGCAAGACCAUGAUCGGCGCGCUCAUCGGUUGCAUCGGCUUCAUCUUCAUCAUCUUCUUCUCCGAGACCCUUGUCCAACUGCUCAUCGGAGAGAUCCUCAUUGGGAUCCCCUGGGGCGUCUUCCAGACUCUGACGACGACAUAUGCGGCCGAGGUGUGCCCGACCCACCUUCGUGCCUACCUGACGACAUAUGUCAACCUGUGCUGGGUCAUGGGUCAGUUCAUCGCCUCUGGCGUGCUGCGAGCCAUGCUCGCUCGGGACGACAAGUGGGGAUACAAGAUUCCCUUUGCUCUGCAGUGGAUGUGGCCGGUGCCCCUGAUUAUUGGCAUUUACCUGGCACCCGAGUCCCCGUGGUGGCUCGUACGUCGCGGCCGGCUGGACGACGCGAAGCGGUCUCUUGCCCGCCUCACGACGCGAAACUCGGGCGUCCCCUUCCGGCCCGACGAGACGGUGUCGAUGAUGGUGCACACCAACGAGAUGGAGAAGGAGAUGACGUCGGGCAUCUCGUACACGGACCUCUUCAAGGGCUCCAACCUGCGCCGCACCGAAAUCGUUUGCGCGGUGUGGAUGAUCCAGACUCUAUGCGGCUCGACCUUUAUGGGCUUCUCGACGUAUUUCUAUCAGCAGGCCGGCAUGGCGGUUGAGAACUCGUUUAGCAUGUCGCUCGGCCAGUAUGCGUUGGGCGCCGUCGGCACCAUGACGUCCUGGUUCCUCAUGCGCUGGUUUGGCCGUCGGACGCUAUACCUCGGGGGCCAGCUCAUCAUGUGCGUUGUGCUGCUCACGAUCGGGUGCGCCGCCUUUGCCGGGCGCGACAACAUUGCCGCUCAGUGGGCCAUCGGAUCGCUGCUCCUUGUCUAUACCUUUACCUAUGACGCCACGGUCGGCCCUGUGUGCUACUCGCUCGUUUCAGAGCUGACGUCGACUCGCCUGCGGACAAAGUCGGUCGUGCUGGCGCGCAACAUGUACAACAUUGUCGGCAUCGCCACCAACAUCAUCACGCCGCUCAUGCUCAACCCGACGGCUUGGAACUGGGGCGCCAAGUCGGGCUUCUUCUGGGCGGGGACGUGCUUCGUCUGCGCCGUGUGGACCUUUUUCCGCCUGCCCGAGCCAAAGGGUCGCACCUAUGGCGAGCUCGAUGUCUUGUUUGAGAACCGCGUCAGCGCCCGCAAGUUCAAGACGACGUCGGUCGACCGCUUCGACAGCCAGAGCGGUGGGGCCGCCUCGGAAAAGGAGAAGGGGUUUGACGAGGUCAUGGUCGAGCGCGUGGACAGCCGGCCGCGAAACUGAACUGGCGUCGGGGCGCGGGGAGAAACAAAGGUCGAGCACAUGGCGCAAGUUUAAAUGCGGGUAAAGCGAGUGGGAGUUUAUAGGGCGUUUGGGAGAGCGUCUUGUGAUUUGUUUUCUUUUUUUCAAAGCCUCGGGUGGCCAUGUGGUAAGGCGUAAGACUUGGUCUGCUGCUGGGAAGGCACUCUAUAUAUGAAGGUAUAUCAUGAAAGUAUAUAUG